GCCCACUGGAGUCUGAACAAGACAACGGUCAGCUUUAAAGUGUGAUCAGUGACAUACGCAGACAAACAGAUUCAGGAUCGUGGUGUGAGCAGAGCCAUGACGGGGGUCGUGUAUGUUGCCGCGGCUGUGCUCAGUUUCCUCUCUGUGGGACAGUCGGCUCCUGUGACAGACUGUGAGAGUCUGAUCCAGCCUGUUAAAAUCCAGGACAGAGAGCAGCUGCUGGGCAAAUGGAUCUACCUAGCAGAAAGCACAAACUUCACUGGAUCCAAACUGCUCACUAACAUGCUUGUGGAAACUGUCUGGGGCAAAAUGACUGCUGCUAAUGAGAUUGAUGCCAUCCAUCAUUAUCAAUCACUAAAGAUGUUUGGCCAAUGCUUCGCUGUCAGAACUAAUCUGACCUUGGAAAACAACACUUUUUCCAUGGUGCAACCUUACCCUGCAUCAGCUGAAGUGCUGAAAUCUGGCUGUGCCGACUGCCUCGUUUUUCACAUAAAAUACAGCUUCAUUUUUGGAAGGCAAUAUAGGGGUCUACAGCUCCUCAGCAAGAGAACUAAUGUGUCCACUGCUGAGCUGCAAGAAUUCAAGAAGCAGGUUGAAUGUCUGAAUUUGCCACCACCUGCUAUCCUGGUGACAGAUACAGGGUUGUGCCCAGAUGAGUCUUCCUCUCAGGAAACUGAGACCGUGGAUCUAACCAGUCACAUGGGAAACAUGGAUCCUCAAGUCUCAGAUCUGAUGGAAACGAUUCUGGGCAUUGGGAGUGCGCUGGAUAAACUUGCCAGUCUGUUCACCUCUGCAUAACUGGAUUAAAAUGAAAUUAACAACAUCGACAAUGUGUAAUAACAUGCUUACAUAAGGACUGUGUCAUGUCUGUGUGAAGACAAUAAAGACACCUAUCUAUCUCUGGA